AUGGUGCUAUUUAUUUAUUUGCUUGACCAAAACAGUUGGAAGAAAACACGAAACAUAAACAAUACAAAAGUGAUUCUGUGUGUUGCCCUGCUGAUGCUGGUCGGACUUAACGGUGCCUCGGGUCAGUCCAACGAAACAAACGAUUCGUCGAAAGAAACGCCACUCAACGAGCAGCAAACGACGGUAAUCCCCCCGUCGGAAGAAGUGACAGAGCGUGCCAACGCAACCCGUGUUCUGGACGCACUGCGGGCGGAACUCGCUCGGCGUCGAACUGAACGGCAACAGCAGCAACAGCAGCGACUUCAGGAACGACGGGAGCAAAUCCUCCAAUCCCUGGAAUCACUCAGUGAUCGCAAAAGGGAGUACGAACUUCGGCGUCAGGAGGCGCUGAAGGACGCCGAAGCCCUGCGUGAAGCACGUCGGCAGGAAAUGGAGGCCCGACGCGUCGGUCGACUUCCGGUGCGCGAACGGGAGCGAUACAACCGCGCUCGGCUGGAGCAGCUGGCCGAGGAGACGCCUCAGGAGGAGAACGAAAUCGGGGACACGUCCGCUGUCGGAGAGGAAGAGCUGACCCGUGCCGUUGACUCCGAGGCGAUACAGCGCGUGCGCAAUCUGCUGCUGAUCGAGGAAGCGAACGGCAAUCUGAGACUGAUCGAUUUAGACACCGAAGAAGGCCAGCAGUUCGUGCUCGAAAGUGGGCAGCUCGAUGCGGUCGCUGAGGCCAGCCAAAGUGUGGUGGAGAAGGUUGAAGAGGGCAAGCGGAAGCUCAAGAUCGGGCAGAUUUAG